AUGCCAGACUCCAUCCGCAUGAACCCCUCGAAGUCACCGGCAGAUUCCCGCUCCAACUCUUGCAUCAGAGUGAAGGCGGUUUGCCCGCUCUGCAAGCAGCCGUUCCGCAGCAUCAUUCACAACAUUCGCGCGCUCGACGACUACGACGAGUUCACGCUGCGCCCGACCGACAGCGCCACCUGGGCGAGCCCUGACGGCAGACGCUUCCGCUACCGCAGCACCCUGGUGGCGGGCGGCCGCCGUGACCUGACGCUGACCCGCGACGAGCGGGAGAGGAACGCGCUGCAGCGGCGGCACCGCCACGUGCUGUCAUUGUCGCGCGGCGCGUGGCACCGCCGCCACCACCAGGGGGCGACGUCGGAGGACAGGCGGCGGGUGUACGCGGAGGGGCUGCAGCUGCGCGUGGCGCGCGACGCGGGGACGCGAUAUCGCGAGACGGGUCCGCAGUUCUACCGAGAGAACCCGGCGUGCACGCACCGCCUCGUGCCGUGGCUGAACCGCGAGCUGAACUUGCUGCUGGCGCCCUCCGUGGCGCGUGCGACGUACGUCCUCGAGCUGGUGCUGUCGCUGCUGCUGCGCCAUGAGGUGCUCAGCGGGCGCAUGCACGAGCGGCUGUACCCGCACCUCCGGCGCAAUACACGCCGCUUCCUGUGGGAGCUGCACAACUUCGCUCGCUCGCCGCACGACAUGGUUGCAUACGAUCGCGCCGCCACCUACGUCGCCGCUGCCGCUGGAGAGGGGGCGCCACCGACGCAGGCAAGCGACGUCGUCCUGCUGUCCCCCGACUCGCGUGCAUCGCCCCCUGGUGGCGAGACACGUUACGGCACCUUGCUAACUACCCACAAUCCGGAGCCGCCUGCAGGUGGCGCUGCUGCUAGAUUGACGGGAAGUAUUCAAGGUGAUUACGUCACCAACAUGACCACCUUUAACCCGUUGCCGCCUACAGUCAGCACUGGAAUGCCAUCUACAUUUGGUAUCAGUGGUCUCCCGACAGGCUCCACAGCGCCUUCUAUCAGCGAGCAUCUCAGGAGAGUGAACGUGGACUUUGAUGCGAGUACGCGCCUCAUCACGCGAGUACGCAGCUUCCUCGCUCGCCCCGACGACACGACCGACACCAGCGACGAGGACGUCGUCGUCCUGCCCGCCAGGGGGCGCCAUGCGAGUCCCGCGCCGGUCGUCGAUCUGUCGCCGGCGUCGUCGCGCGACAGCGACGUGGUGGUCAUCACUGAGCUGAAGCCGCUGCACGAACGCACGCCGCCGCUCGUCGCCAUCACGGACGACGACGACAACGACGCAGCGUCCUCUAGCGGCGCAGACGGCGACUCGUCGCGGUCGCGGGGAAGUCCGUCGAGGUGGCGAGAUUCCCCGGCGCGAUCGAGCGCGCAAGACUGUCGGUCGACGUCAGCCGAUCGCGUCAGUGCGGUAGAUCGUUCGUCACGACCGUCGGUAACGAACGCUUAUUCGUCAGGACCGUCGAUAGCGGACGCUUAUUCGUCACGACCGUCGAUAACGGAUGCUUAUUCGUCACGACCGUCGAUAGCGGACGCUUAUUCGUCACGACCGUCGAUAACGGACGCUUAUUCGUCACGACCGUCGAUAACGGACGCUUAUUCGUCACGACCGUCGAUAACGGACGCUUAUUCGUUACAACCGCGGAUCACGGACACUUAUUCGUCAUGGCCCGGUCCGUCCACCGCAGACGCUCAUUCGUCACGGCCGGCACCGUCGAUCGCGAAUGCUCCGUCGUCACGACGACGACCCGCGAGCGUUGUCGUGGUCAACUCUCCCCUGUCUCACGCGUCCAGCACGCGCGACAGCUCCUGGGAGGCAGCGUCGCCACGGCAACGUCAGUCGUCAAGGUCAGCCGACCGACAGCGGUCCGGCGAGCGCAGACACCACGCGAAGAAGCGGAAACGUCGUUGCGGCGACGGCUCGCCGUCUAGCGAGUACAGCGCCACCCGGUGUACAGUGGACGAGAGAGAGGAAGUGAUCAGUGAAAGGUCUCAACGUAGACACAAACACAAACACAAACACAGCCGUCGGUACAGACACACACACAGACACAGCCGUAUAGAUGGUGGGACGGCAGAUCGUGAGGUUGAUAGUGACAGACACCAUCGCAGACACAGACACCAUCACGAACACAGCAGUAUAGAUGAUGUGACGGCAGAUCGUGAGGUUGAUAGUGACAGACACCAUCGCAUACACAGACACAGCAGUAUAGAUGGUUGGACAGCAAACCGUGAGGUUGAUAGUGACGGACACAGACACAGACACAGACACAGGCACAGACACAAACACAGCAGUAUAGAUAAUGGGACAACAGACCAUGAGGUUGAUAGUGACAGACACCACCACAGACACAGCAGUAUAGAUGGUUGGACAGCAGACCAUGAGGUUGAUAGUGACAGACACAAUCACAGACACACACACACGCAGAGAAAACACAAGAAGAAUUGACAACCCAGUCUUAAUUGUUGCCACCGAUAUGGAUAUGCUAAGUUGAUGAAAUAGAAAGACCGACUAGCAACGAUUUCUAGGUCUAAGUCACUGAUAUAGAUCUAAUCAGGAGUGGAUAAUAAUAGAUCUAUUAUUAUUCACUCCUGAUCUAAUCAUACCUAGGUAUUAUUAUUUCUGGAUCUAAUGACUAAUUCGGAUUUACUGAUGUGGAUGGAUAAGAUGUUUGAUACAAUCCAUCCCAGAUUUAUAUGCAUGCCUACUGGUGCACGUUUCGGUAUCAAUUGUGUUUUUUAUAACAUAUGUAAUCGUACAUACUGAAUUUUUUUGUAUAUUGCAUUGAAUUUGAAAUAUUAAUAAAGAAUUUGUUAAAAUUAAUUUUAUACAUUUGAAAUCUUUGAUUGUGAAACUAGCACAACAGUAACAUUGUGCUAUUUGAAGUAACCCAGUUGAAUAUUAUCAAGUGUAUAAUAUAGUCUGUACACUCCUGAUAUUAUGUAAUAUAAUAAGUAAAGUGAUUAGCCAUUAAUCUGUGCUGUUUGAUAUGCUAUCAGAUGCUGUGAUCACUGGUGAAAUGUUAGUGCUGAUUAAAAAACUAUUCAAUAUUGA